GUUAAUGGAUCAAAACUCAAUGGUACUUCAGUGUCUUUGCAGUCUGGUGACAGAAUCAACUUUGGAGUCUUUGAGAGCAAGUUUAGGUAAACAUACCUGAAACAUGAUACAGGAAUCAUACCAUGAGACCGGAUACAUCAUGGCUGUUGUACUAGAAAGUCUACAAAAGUGGAAUAUGAACCUUUGGUUGUCUGCUCCUCAUGUUUAGAUGUAGCUCAGAAAAAGGCUUUAAAUCAAGCCAUUCAACAGCUUGGAGGCCUUGUAGCAAAUGAAUGGACAAUAGAAUGUACCCACCUUGUAAUGGUAUCAGUAAAAGUUACUGUUAAGACUAUAUGUGCUUUAAUUUGUGCUCGACCAAUUAUAAAACCAGAAUUUUUUUCUGAAUUAAUCAGAGCUAUUCAGUCCAGGCAACAGCUGCCAAAUCAUGAAAGCUUUUAUCCUCCAGUUGAUGAGCCUUCCAUUAGCAGUGAAAACCUGGAUUUAUCUGAGCAUCAUGAAAGGAAAAAAAUAUUCAGUGGAAAAACCUUUGUAUUUCUAACUGCCAAGCAGCACAAGAAACUGGGUCCAGCAGUUGUUCUUGGAGGAGGGGAAGUAAAGUUGAUGACAGAAGGAAGAAAAGAAAUGCCUUUACUACUUUCUCCUGAAGUCUGUGUUGUUGAUGUGGGUUUGGCAAACUCUCAGAUCUCAGGAUCUGGCUCUGUGACAGACUGGACAGAUUCCAUUCUGACUGCCUUGGAAAGUAAGAAUCUAAGGGCUAUUCCAGAGGCAGAAAUUGGACUGGCAGUUAUCUUCAUGUCUACGGAAAAAUACUGCAACCCUCAAAAGCAGCCUGCUUCCAAAGCUGUACCUGAAAGUUCUGCAUCAGCUGUUGUAGGCCGAGCUGUUUCCCAGAGUCUGGCUGUGGAUGAAACCAUAAUGCCAACUGCUGCAGAUAGCAGCACCUUCUACAUAGCUGAUACAGAAGAGCAGACCUGUAUGGAGAUAGAGGAUACUUCCCAGGUGCAUAGACAAAGGAAAACGGCUUUCCAGGAUACAGCUGCCGUAAAGAAAAACAGUGGCACAAGUGGCAGUGUAAAUGCAGGAACAUCUAUACCUAGAGGGAACAGAACAUCUGGGUUCAGUCAAAGAAGUCAGCCUGUCUCCCCAUCUAAAUUUUCAGAAGCUGGGAAACCUCAUGAGACUGCUUCACGUCACCAGUCAAACUCAAUUACAAAUUACUUCCAGGUUUCUAGAAAAAGGGAAAGAGCUGAAGGAGAAGAAACAUCUGUAUCCAAACUAGCAAAAUUGGAGGAAAGGUCAUCGUCUCUUCCCAAGUGCACUGAAUCCAUAACUUCGUCAGUCUGCAACAGUGAAGCAAAACAGCAUCAAAAGAAAAAUAACGUCCUGGACCCAAACCCAGAUUUUGCAGAAGACAUGGGUAUAAAGCUUAUGAGGGAAAGUGUCAAACUAACAAGUGAUAGAACAGACACUAAAACCACUUCCAGUGAAAAUCAUGCACCAAAAAAGAGAAAGGAAUUAAAUUAUUUAUCUGAAGAUACAGAAGCACUGGAAAUUGUGUUUGGAAGUGGAGAAGUAGACUGGGAAGAUCAAAUUACAGAUCAUGACCAGGAAGCUCGAGGAAACGCACGAAAAAAACAAUGUUUGGAAGCCAAAGGAAGCAGGAUUCAAGAAGUAAAUGUAAAUCAGAGAGAGGAGAAUAAAGUGUUGAAAGAAGAGGAACAUGGAUCAGUUCUAACUUCAGAAAAGGAAAGUAACAUCAAGCAAGAGUCACCAGUCUUGAACCACAGCAAACUCCAAGAUGAUUCCAGCAAUCUUCCUAGCAGGCUUCUGUUGACAGAGUUUAGAUCGUUGGUUGUCAGCCAUCCAAGACAGAGCAGUCAUCUUCCUGGAAAUACCAGCUAUGGGGGAAAGAAAAAUUUCAAAAUGUUCAGAAAGGUAGCUUACCCUGGGGCAGGACAACUUCCACACAUUAUUGGAGGAUCAGAUUUGAUUGCUCACCAUGCUAAAAAGAAUUCAGAGCUAGAAGACUGGUUAAGGCAAGAAAUGGAGGAACAGGAUCGGCAUGCAAGAGAAGAAUCACUUGCUGAUGAUCUCUUUAGAUAUGAUCCUAAUGUGAAAAGAAGAAGAUAAAUUGUGAGCUGGAUUUACAGUGUUUCUCUGGAAAAACCUGCAGAAAGCAGGUUCCUUAGGUUUCCUGGUUACAGUGUGUAUGAUAUCCUAUAUAUGAGCAUUUGAAUAUCUCUUACUGUAAGACAUGUUUUCUAAGUCUUGUUUUUAUUAAAGAAAAAACAAAAGUUCCUUUCACUGCUUGGUACUUGCAGACUGCACCAUUGUCAAGACCUUUCCAUUAUUCACUUCAGAGUAAUGCUCAGUAAAAUACUCUAGAUAGGAUUUCAUUUUAGGCUAUUUCUAAUGUUUGAUUAUCAUUACUAUUUUGGGGGGGAAAAAAGAAAAUUAGCACCUGGCUAUUUUUUCUUUUUUCAGAAAGGCUUUGUAAAUUAGGUAUUUUCAAGGGUAUUAUCUUGAGAAUCUAUUGAGGCUGAGAUGCAACUGGUAUUUGAUCAUGAUAUGAUUCAUAAUAAACCACAUCUCUGUGGCUCAUUAA